UAACAGUAAAACAAACCACGUUCGCUAUCCAGCAAUGUUGAUCCGCAAUGUAGAACUAGAGAAGAGGGCCUGCAUGUUGGUGAAUUGGUACGAGAUGUAUCGCAAAAACACGAUCAGAGCUUGCAUCAUCCCGGUGCCGGCCGAGGUGCUGGUCUAUCUACGGCAGGAUAUGCUGAUCCUGCCGGUAGAAUGUUCCAACAUCACCUCCGAUGUCUCCGACGGCCACCAGACAACACAUUUCAACGCAUUCGAUGAUCAGUUCGGGACAGAUUCCGACUCCGAUGCCGACGAUCCGGAUCCUCCGCAGCCGGCAUUCCCCGCAUUUUCCCAGGCGCUUAAAGAAGCCCUCGAAAGCCUGGGUGGAACGGCAUUCCUCAAGAGUGAUUGGCACUGCCCGAAGGACGCGCAGUGGAUAACGCUUGGACAAUCGCUACGGGUACGCGACAUUACCGAUAUUUAUCAGCUGCUGAAGGCGUCCAGCUUCUGCAAGGAAGACUUCCGCGAGCGAUCGGAAGUGAACGAUCGGGGUUACCAUGUGAUUCUGAAGAAAUGGAAAGACAUCCAUCCCGGCUCGGAGUUUCGUUGUUUCGUGCGUAACCGAUCGCUGGUGGCGAUUUCACCGCGCCACUGGCCAUCCUACCACGAGCAUAUUGCGCGCGAACGAAGCGAUAUCGUGAAUGAUAUCGUUUCGCUGUUCAAGGAGAAAAUCAAGGACACUUUUCCGCUGAACGAUUAUGUGUUUGAUGUGUAUCGGCCUUCCAAGGACAACGUCAUCAUCAUGGACUUUUCAUUGUACGGCAAGGGCCACUCGGACAGCCUGGCGUUCGAUUAUGAUCAGCUGGACGAGGAAGCGACGGUGGCCACUAUCGACGAGGAGGAUGAUCCCGAGUUCCGCUAUCUACCGAACGACUGUGGGAUACAGCCGAUUAGGCGCAACGUUUACGGGUUCCCACAGGAUUUCCGGAACUUCUUUCAAAAUGCUCCCCCAUCCGGAAGUGGAGCAGAAGCGGAGGGUUGUGCCGAGGGCGAGAGCAACAAUCUCGUGAAUCGUUUGAUCGAACAGUGUAACUUGCAGAAUCGGGAAGACCAAAAUAAUGCGUAAAACAAUGCAGAAGCAUAGCUUGCUGCUG